GCCCCCGGGGAGCCGCGGCGGGGGCGGAUGGAGACAGCGGGCACGGCGGCGGGCUGGGUUAUUUUCUUCCAUCUUCCUCUCAUCUCUGGAAGCUCCAUCAGUAUUGGAAUAGGCAGCAAUUAUUCCAAUCUCCCAGCUGCCUCGAACCAGAGCAGCGCCUCCAGCGCCUUCCCCAGCCCCGCCGAGCCCGGCAGCGACACCAACCUGCUGGUGUCCCCGCUGCUGGUGGCAGGGGUGGUCAUCGGGCUGGUGCUCUUCCUGUCCUGUGCCACCAUCGUGGUGGGCAGCCUGCGCAAGGACGGGAGGUUCGGACACCCACACCUCGGCAGGGAGGCUGCGGAUGCUCCAGAUGGCUUCUCUCAUGGCGGCUCCUCUGCAGAGCUGAGAUCCACCUGCACAGAGGAGUUUCCCCCAGCCUGUGAUUUUGGUUCCUAUCUGGAUAUACUUUCUCAGGUGAACAUCAUGUAUCCUGAUCCACCUCCAUGCUAUGACAAAUGUGUGGGGCCAGGAGCAACACAAAUAUAUAUUCCCACAGAUGAUCCCCCCCCAUAUUCCCUUAUGGACCCUUGCCAAAGAAAUGAAAUAUCUAUAAAUAUCUAUAUCAGCCAGGAAGAGGAAGCAGCAUCUGGGACUACAGGAUGGGCUACAAAUUAUGCAGUGAGGCUGCAGGACUUGCAGCAGCCCAGCUCAGCCAUCUCGGUCUCUCCCAGUGCGGAGGCUGCUCCCCUGCCCGGGACAGCGGCGUGUGAGCACAGCAGCCCCAGCACACCUGCUCCAGCAGAAAUAUGGAACAUUCUCCCACUGGCCAUCAGACCCCAAAUCAUGGGAAUGAAAGUGGCUCUUUCCUUCAAUUCUUCUAAAGAACUCAGACCAAUGGAAGAAUAAAACCCUCUGGAAGUUUUACCAAUUUUAUAUCUUUAAACAGGGAUACAAUGGGAUUUUUUUACAGUGAAUUUUGCAAGUUUACCUAAACUUCCCUGUUUGUGCUUCAAGGUGUUCCAUGGCAUCACACAGCAUAAAAGAGCAGCAGAGACAAGGAGUGCAUCUGACCUUUUUGAAGCAUUGCAAAACCCAUUGAAAUCAGCCACUCAUAAUGAAGAUCAGUGUUAUCCAGUCAAGCCUACUUGUUGAUUUUAUGAUACUUUGCAUGUUUUAGAGCAGAAGGAAAAAGAAGAGCAUUUUGUUGUCAUUGUAGGUGCCACUAGUACAUCUCGUUCAGUGUCUUGACAACAAAGCAUUUUUAAAUAAUUCUUUGUCUAACUAUGUGUUUCAGUAGGCAAAGCACUGCCUAAGAAAAGAUUAUUAUCAGUAUCAUGUAGAAGCAAAAGAAAAAAGAAUAAUAUUUUAAUAUUCACAUUAUUCCUUUGGUACCAGGCUUUCCAGGCCAUUGCAAAGCCUGCUGCAAGUCUCCCUCAAGAGAAACCACCCACAAGUGGUGAAGAGAUGGCAGUGGGUCCCCAAACUCCAGCUGGCUUUACCAGCAGGAGCUGCAGCACAGCUGUGCAGGCUGGAGCUGCAUGUCGUUCAUGGGCCUUGCUGUAGCCAAGGGAAGGGCACAGGAGUACCAGGGGAUGCUUCAAGCCAGUUCCCACACACAGCUGCAUUUCCAGGCAUAAACCAGUCCCUCCUUCCAUAAGGAGCCUGUGUGUUACAGUGUGACCACAGUGACCUCUGGGAACUAUGUGAGUGUGGUGCAAACAAGAGAUGCUGGGCUAGGCACAGUAACAGAACCUCAGUUCUGAACCCCGGAGCGUGCCCAGCUUUGAGAGAUGGAAGAGGAAAAGGAACCCAACGAGUGAGCCCAGGACACUCAGAUGGGAGUCUGUGGGUUCCCAGCUGGUGUGCCAGGGCAGUGGGUGCAGGGGCUGGGAGUUCAGCACAGGCACAGCAGGGUCAGGGCACAGCAGCACUUUGUUCCCAGGGAUGGCUGGGGCUGCACUCACUGCUCCCACUGAGCCUCCCCUGCCCCAGCCCAGCCCAAGGGGACCGAGUGUGGCACAGAGGGGGCUCCCAGAACGGGCACUGGCUCUGGGGUGGGCAGGGCAGCAGGGACCCAGACACACAUGGGCACCCCUUGCUCCUUCUCCCCUCCCGGGAGCCACUGGCCAAGCCCCAGGCACCUGCUGGGCACAGCUCCCAGGGCUGGAUACACGUUUAAAAGACAGCGCAUCCCCUGAGGCUGGGCCUGUUCACCCUGAGCUGGGGAAGAUCCAGGUGUGGGACAGGAAGAUCUGCUUCCCCCACUUCCUUUUUAUGGCCCAGAAAAAAAAAAAAAAAGUUGCAAGAUUCAGGCUGGAGGCCAGCCCUGAAAUCCAGCAGUAGGCGGCCAAGGAGGUUUCAUCUGUUGCCUUGAACAAAACAAAGUUUGGAUCCUACUGUUCACUUCUACCUGGAAAGUUCCAUUCCUCAUCUGAAAUAGUCCCAUUCCUCAUCUGAAAGCUUCUGUGUGUCUGGCUGAGGACACACAACCCACAGGAGAGCAAGGAGAGCUCAGCCCUGAGCUUUCCUUGGGACAGUACUCUUGGAAAACUUCUUUGCUGUCUUGUUUUGAAGCAUGUUGCUGCAAGAAAGUCGAGCUCUUAGUUUGCACUCUACAUUUUUAAGUCGUUUUUAAGUUCUGCGUCUAAUGGAAAACCCCUGGGUAAGUCUGGGUGCUAGCAGGAAGCAGAAGUGACUGUCAGCACAUCAACACACAGGGAUGGAGCUCCAGCCAGUCCUUGGGGCAUUCACAAAGCCUGGGCUCCCUCUGGGACCAGGGACAGGAGCCAAGGAGCUGUGUCAGGGCACCAGAGUUAUCACAGGCUCAUCUCCAGGAAAUCUCUUAGAAGCAUUUUCACUAAAAUACAAAAAAAAAAGUUUUUUACACUGAGAAAAUGUCGUUUUCUAUCCCCACUAAAGGACAUAUAAAGCUGGGUAUAGUAAAUAUAUAAUGGUGUUUAAAAGGAAGCAUCAUGCAAAUUAUUAAAAUUGCACUUGGAUUUUCUGUAAAUACUGAAUAAUUUUCAACUGUAAUCAUCAUUCAACACUCCAAAGAUUGACACAAUUAUAAUUAAUACUUAGAUGGGAAGUAAUUACAUGGUUCUUACUGCUAUAUAAAUUGUACCAUUACUGAGUCAUAUGCACAUGAUGAGAUAUAAGGUAAGCAUGCAUUUUUUGCUAAGUAGAUGACAGUAAAUAUGUAUUUUGCUAAAAUGAAAGAAUUCUUUUGCAGUUCAGCAAGAUUUUCAAUAUUCUCAGUAUACUAUACCCAAAAGAACUAAAUUCACUAUUUAGCAUUGCAAAACUGCUGGCAGGCAUUGCUGGAAGGUAGGCUCUAUUUCACACUUGUGUCUUUAACAGAGAGAACUGCUCCUCUCCAUAAAGGAUUAGUUUAAACAGUUUUGUAUGUGCAAAGUACCCUGAAAUAAGAGAAACAAAACUCUCCAGCACCUAUGAGGGGCCAGAGAUGCAAAGCAGCAGAGAAAUGCCCCAGUCGGAUUUGUUGGCAGGAGAAUCAGUAGAGAGAGAAAGUACAGGGGUGCUUUGUGCAGAAUCGGAUUUGCUUUCACGGCUGCACCUGCCUGCAGCUCCUGCAGACCUGCCUGGAACAGGGAAAGGCACCAGGACCGGCUUCCUUUAGGCUGCUGCUGCAGGGGGAGCUGCAGGGGAAAUCUAAUGAACCCAAAUCAGAAGGGAAAUGGGAUUUUUUUUUCCGGAAAGUGAGGCUCUUCCAAGUAACAUGACCAAGCCAAAGGCUUUUCUGAAGACAGGCACAGAGGGCUUUUCACAUGUGGCAGACAAGUCCCUGCUCCAUUACUGAUGCUCAGUUUCUGUGCACGGUGGGAAACCCUUUCGACGUGUUUGGCUUUUAACCUUUUUAACAGGGACUUCCUGUUUCAUCAACUCUGUAUCUGUGGUUUACAAAACAAGCUGACGUUAAGUAGACUUCUGAAGAAAAUGGGAGAUUUGCAUUUCACCUCAUGUUAGCAAUGCAUUGGUAAGAUUAUAGAAAACAAAUCAAAGUCUUUCUUCCUUCCUUCGGUAUCAGUUAAGUGUCCCUGGCACUGUGAUCUGGGUUUGGCAGCAUUUCUUACACACAUCUGUCUGCUCCCUCUUGUGGCAUGGACAACUCCACAAAAUCCUGUCGUCCUGUUAUCACAGAAUAAUCCAAAUAAUCCCAGUUGCUCUGUCACACGGAUGUGGGAGCCAACCAAAAUAUGUAUGUCCACACUGUAGCAUUUUUCUAAGUUACCACUGAAUACCUGGGUUAUGUCAUCCAUUACAAACAUAUAUAACUAAAAAACGAACUGUGAAUUAAAGGCAGAGUGUGCUGCCUUCUGUAACAUCUUACCACGAUCACUUGCAGGAGUGUUUUAGCAUUUUCUACUCUUGUUAAUCUUUUUAACUGAGUGAUACCCAACAAAGCUGGGGGGGCAGGGGGUGGGAAAGCCUAUAAAUCCAACCCAAACAGGUAGCACUAGAAAGAAAAAAUUUAGCUGUAAAACACUACAGAGAGGUUUGCAGCUGUGGAGCUGCUCCAACAGCUUCCAAUGCUACUACUGCAAGUGUGGAAAUUUCAGUGCGAUAAGAACAUGCUUUCAUUUCUUGAAAAUAUUGCAGAUCUUGGAUAAAUCUCAGCAAAGUUGGCAGAGUUACGUUGCUCUUGAGAAAUUCAUGUCCAGCUAUCAGAUAUUAUCCUAAACCCUUGCAUAAUUCUAAUACCAGUGCUAAAACCCAGGCUUAACACAGGCCUUUCCUUUAUUGCAUGAGUAAAAUCAGAAAGAAAACGGGACAUGCUGUUUCUUGCUACAUGAUAACUACCCUGUAUUUCUGUAGUCAGCUUUUCUGCUUCAAUUUUUAGUAUACUGAUCUUAUACAGAACUUUUAGUAAAGAACAUACACAUA